GGAGGAGGAGAAGUGAAAAUGAUGGCGACCGAUGCAGAGGAGAUAAGAGCCCAAAGCAGCCUCAGCCCCCUGUCCAUGCAAAUCAGGCGGAAAAGGCAGGACAGACAGUGGAGGUUGCGGUGUGUUUACCUGCAGACCUACUUCCUGACCAUUGCGACAAUAUUAGGAACUGGAAUUUUAGGUCUCCCAGUCACUAUAGCGCAUGCUGGGCUGGUGCCCUUCCUGGUCUCCUUUCUAGUUGGCUUCUUCAUUCAGGCUUUGCUCAUUUACCUGUUUGUGGAGCUUCUGCAGAAAUGUCAAGUGUUUCAGCUGGAAUCCCUAAAGACAGGUGUUGCAGAGUGUAUAGUGAUGGAUCAAGUGAGCGGAGAAAGGCCAAUAACCAUAGAAGAAGAGGAGGAAGACGAAGAUGCUGAAAAUGCAGAAGCAGAUACUGGUUUACUGCAUUCCGCUGCAGCAGCUGGGAACGACCGAGCUGAGAACCAGCAACCCAACCUCCAUCUGCUGGGCUGCCUGUUCCUCUCCCGGCCCAUGAGCCACGCAUUCAACUGCAUUCUUCUCUUCCAGUUCGUAUCCAUUGGGAUCAGUUAUGUGUUGGCUGGCAGCGAAGCCUUUGCUGCCCUCCUUCAUAUCAGACACAUUUACGUGAUCCCGGCCUUCACCUGGAUUCUAACACUUGCUAUUCUACUUGCUCACACAGUCGUUCAGCCGAUCACUUCAUUGCUCACCCUCCUGAAGGGAAUUCUGCUCAUUGUUACGGGGGGAUUGUGAAUGUGAUGCCUCUUC